CCGCUGCUGCCAAUUUGGAAGGAAUUCGUGACGACGGUGCCCGCGGACGCGGAUAAGCGCAGCCCGGAUGUUGCGUGUCUUCACUGUCGUUCGGUAGUGUGUAAUGCGCGCCCAGCGAACCUGAUGCGUCACGCGUUGAAUUGCCCGGACAUGCCGGCCGAGGUACGUCUCAGUCUACGGGCCGAUAAUCCGCCACCCGCGACGGUGACGCGCCAAGAAUUGAAUGCGGCAAUGGCGGAACGCCAGCAAGUGACCCAGACUCAAAACCGGAGCGAAGACGGCGAAACGGAGGAGAACGAGACGGCUGUGACGGAGCGUCGCCCCGUGCUAGGCAAACGCCCGCGCGUUGGAAGCGACCAGGACAAUCUAGAGCGUGUGCUGACGUCCAUCCGAGAUGUGAUGGCUCAGACGCUGGAGUGCAAGCAGCAAGAGCUGCAGCUGAGGAGGGAGGAACUCGAGUUUCAGAAGGAGGCGCUGGCCACGAAAAUGGAGGAGCGACGCCAAGCGAGAGAAGAGGAUCGGAGGGACAGACGCGAGCAACGCGAGGCGGACAGACAGGAGAAACUCGAGUUGGCACGGAUCGAGAACGAGAAGAACCUGGCCUUUUUGAAGGCGGUGAUGGAGUCGCAGCAGCAGCGGCGAUGAAUGGCAAGCUGCAAUUUGCGUGUUAUUGGCAAAAAGAACUGGUGUUUUGAUUAUAUACAUCCGACCCAGAAUUUAAAACUCAUGUUGCUAGUUUCUUGCUACGGUAGUUAUCGUUUCUAAAGGCAUUCAGCGCUCGAAUUUCUCCCACAG